UAUUGUGGAAUUUCCUCUGACAUAAUGCGAGAAUGAGGGUGCAUAUUCUCUGCUGCUCUGAAUAAUAUAAAAAGCCACAGAAGCUCUCCGUCCAACAGAAGUCCCUUGGGACAGCAGAGCUCACCAGCAUCUGGGACAAGAGCCAGGGAGAAACCAGAACGAAGGCACCUUGUGUCAACAUGACUUCCAAGCUGGCUAUUGCUCUUUUGGCAGUUUUCCUGCUUUUUGCAGCUCUGUGUGAAGCCGCAGUUCUGUCAAGAAUGAGUUCAGAACUUCGAUGCCAGUGCAUAAAUACUCACUCCUCGCCUUUCCAUCCCAAAUAUAUCAAAGAACUGAGAGUAAUUGACAGCGGCCCACAUUGUGAAAACUCAGAAAUCAUUGUAAAGCUUGUCAAUGGAAAAGAGGUGUGCCUGGACCCCAAGGAAAGAUGGGUACAGAAGGUUGUGCAGAUGUUUUUGAAGAGGGCUGAGAAACAGGAAUCAUUAAACAAAUAAGCACAUUCUCCAUGGUUUCCAAGAAUUCCUCAGUAAAGAUGCCGAUGAGACUUCAAAGAAAUCUACUUCAGCACUUCAUGUUCCGUGUGGGUCUGGUGUGCGAUGGGCAGAUAAAAUACAAUAUGCCCAGUUAGAUUUGAAUAUUAAGUAAAACAAUGAAUAGUUUUUUUCCAAUGUCUCAUAUACGUUGUCCUAUGCAAUAUCUAGGCACACUUAUAUUAAAAAUAUUAUUCAUUGUUUACUGUAAAUUCAAAUUUAGCUGAAAAUCCUGGAUUUAUUUUGUUGUUGUUACAUCGUUCCACCCCAGCCUGCUGGCCAGGAUGCACCAGUCCCUGUUCAACUUUGUCUUGGUUUCUUCUUUAUUCCUCAACUGGAGAAAAAGUAUCAGCCACCAUCCUACCUCACAGAGAUGUGAGGACAUGUGGAAGCACUUUAACUUUUUCUCAUGUUAUCUGAAUUAUGUUCAAGUGAAACUUGUUUGCUUAUUUAUUAUUUAUAUAUUUAUUUAAGAAAUAAAUAUAGGAAUAUGUGUGCAUAAAUUUGGAAAAAUGGGAAAGGAAGUAUUGUUGAUAGGCUGGUAGAAUGAUGGUAGUGAAUUUAUAUUUAUUUUAAUAUUAAAUGAUGUUAUAUUAGAGAACUAUUUUGAACAAGGUUGCCAAAUUUAGCAAAAUUAAAAACAGACACCCAAUUCAUUUUGAAUUCAGACAAUGGCUAAAUUUUUUAGUAUAUCAUUAUUUAUCUGAAAUUUUCAUUGAACUGGCAAUCCUAUUUUUGAUAUUCCCAGUCUUGUCUUAUCACAGGCAGCCUUGUUGUGCAGUGCUGUGUUGAAUCAUCAGAACCCUGAGUUAGAAUUGUUUCUCAAAACAGCAAAACUUCAACAGGCAAUGUUAACAAAGUAAUUUCUUGCUAGAUAAAACUUAUUUAUUAUUUACAAAUGGAUUUUAAUAAUUUCACUUAAAUUAUUGUGUUU